UAUAAAUUACCUUAAGAAUUCAUCUGCCUUGUUUCAUCCAGUUCCAAAACAUGGCUAAGAUAUCUUUCUUCUUGUUUUCUUUGUUCAUGAUAGUGGCUUCUGCAAUUAUCAAUGGGUCUGCAGGAAAGGAGAAGGUUGGGAUAUAUGAGCUGAAAAAAGGUGAUAUGUCUAUUAAAUUCACCAACUGGGGAGCCACUAUUGUUUCAGUCAUCCUCCCUGACAAAUAUGGUAAACUGGGUGAUAUUGUUCUGGGAUAUGAGUCCGUGAAGGAGUACAUGAAUGAUACAACGUAUUUUGGUUCUAUUGUUGGAAGGGUUGCUAACAGAAUAGCAGGGGCUCAAUUCACUAUGAACGGUGUCCAUUACAAAUUGGUCCCCAAUGAAGGAAAAAACAUGCUUCAUGGUGGCCCUGUUGGAUUUAGUGAUGUUGUAUGGAAAGUUAACAAGUACAAGAAAGAUGGUUAUGCUCCUUCCAUCGUAUUUGCUUAUCAUAGCUAUGAUGGUGAAGCAGGAUUUCCUGGUGCAGUCAAAGUAAGUGUAGCCUACACCCUUCACCCGGGCAACAGGUUGACUGUCAAGAUGAAAGCCGAAGCUCUAAACAAGGCUACACCAGUGAACCUAGCCCAACACACGUAUUGGAAUCUCGGCAACCACAACAGUGGCGACAUAUUAUCCGAACAAGUCGAGAUUUUUGCUUCCCAUUACACUCCGGUCGACAGCCAACUCAUUCCCACAGGCGAAACCACAACCGUAAAAGGAACUGCUUAUGAUUUCCUCAAACCCCACACCGUGGGAAGCCGAAUCAACAAACUUCCAAACGGAUACGAUAUCAACUAUGCCGUCGAUGGUGUUGCAGGCAAGCUGAAGAAAACUGCCGUGGUGAAAGAUGAUAAAUCUGGGAGAGUGAUGGAGUUGUUUAGCGAUCAAACUGGCGUUCAAUUUUAUACAGCUAAUGGCCUGAAAGACGUGAAAGGGAAAGGUGGAUAUGUUUAUCAUUCUCAUGCAGCUUUGUGUUUGGAGACUCAAGCUUUUCCGGAUUCCGUUAAUCAUCCGAACUUCCCUUCGACUAUUGUUUAUCCCGGAAAAGAUUACAAGCACGUUAUGGUGUUCAAGUUUUCGAUUUCGGCUUAAAGAAAAA